GCGCGCUCUAUCCGGGAGGGGGGACCAACCCUUCCCUUCCGCCUCUGCCCCUUCCUAGGUAGACACCUAGACCCCGAGGCAAAAACCCCACCUCCCAUACAAAAACGGGACUCGUGUCUCAGCCCUCGAAACAGAGACAACGUGUAUCUCUGCUCGGAAAAUACGGCCCUAUGACGUAAGGCGGUCCCCCCACUCUGCGCGACGCGAAUGGCUCGCCCCGAGGCAGCGGCCCCUGCCCGUCGCUUCUGAGGGAGAGGAGGGCGCCGCCAUUUUGUCGGCAGCGAGGAGCGCGGAGGCCGCGACGGGAGAGCCUUCCCCACCCCUCACACGGCGCCAGGGCCCGGCCGCUGCCGUUGCUGAUUGUACGCUUCAGGCCCCGCGCCACCGGAGCCCAGAGCAGUGUAAAUGGUUUGUGUUUAUCCCCACCACAACCCUGUGAGUAUCAUCACGGCGGAGAUGUCGGAGUAUAUCCGGGUUACCGAAGACGAGAGCGAGGAACCCAUUGAGAUCCCCUCAGAGGAUGAUGGGACGGUGUUGCUCUCCACAGUUACGGCUCAGUUCCCAGGGGCAUGUGGUCUGCGCUACAGAAACCCUGUGUCUCAGUGUAUGAGAGGAGUCCGAUUAGUGGAAGGAAUUCUGCAUGCACCAGAUAAUGGCUGGGGAAAUCUGGUUUAUGUUGUUAAUUAUCCCAAAGACAAUAAGCGGAAAAUGGACGAAACAGAUGCCUCAUCAGCUGUGAAAGUGAAACGAGCAGUACAAAAGACUUCUGACCUGAUAGUGCUGGGUCUUCCCUGGAAGACCACAGAACAAGAUCUGAAGGAGUACUUCAGCACCUUUGGAGAGGUUCUCAUGGUGCAGGUUAAGAAGGACAUCAAAACUGGCCACUCAAAGGGGUUUGGUUUUGUAAGGUUUACGGACUAUGAAACCCAGGUGAAAGUCAUGUCUCAGCGACACAUGAUAGAUGGAAGAUGGUGUGACUGCAAACUCCCAAAUUCUAAGCAAAGUCCAGACGAACCUUUGCGUAGCAGGAAGGUGUUUGUUGGGCGGUGCACCGAAGACAUGACUGCAGAUGAGCUCCGUCAGUUUUUUUCGCAGUAUGGAGAAGUGGUCGAUGUCUUCAUCCCCAAACCCUUCAGAGCUUUUGCCUUUGUUACGUUUGCCGAUGAUCAGGUUGCCCAGUCUCUUUGUGGCGAGGACUUGAUCAUAAAAGGAAUCAGCGUCCAUAUAUCCAAUGCUGAACCUAAGCAUAAUAGCAGUAGACAACUAGAAAGAGGUGGAAGAUUUGGUGGUAAUCCAGGAGGCUUUGGGAAUCAGGGUGGAUUUCCUAACCGGGGGGGUGGAGGGGGUGGGGGCGGGCUGGGGAACAACCAGGGCAGUAACAUGGGGGGCGGGAUGAACUUUGGCGCCUUUAGCAUCAACCCGGCCAUGAUGGCGGCGGCUCAGGCCGCGCUGCAGAGCAGCUGGGGGAUGAUGGGGAUGCUAGCCAGCCAGCAGAACCAGUCGGGGCCGUCGGGGAGCAACCAGCCGCAAGGCAACAUGCAGCGGGAGCAGAGCCAGGGGUUCAGUUCAGGGAGCAACUCCUACGGGGGCUCCAAUUCAGGCGCAGCCAUCGGGUGGGGUUCCUCCAACGCAGGCUCCAGCAGCGGCUUUAACGGAGGCUUUGGCUCAAGCAUGGAUUCUAAAUCAUCUGGCUGGGGAAUGUAGGCAGCCCAAUACUGACUCUUUUGGAGGGCGGCGGGUAGGGGGGAGAUGAGGAUUUUUUUUUCUUCCCUAGAGCUCCUGGUAAGUAUAUUAUAAAAUACAUAUACUUAAAAAAGGAAAAAAAAGAAUCCAAAAUCAGUCUGUUCAGCGUGUAGUAUAUUUCAACAGUAUUUUUGACACUUUUUUUUCUUUUGUAAGGGGAAGGGGGGGAGAAAAAAGAAAAGAAAAGGUUAAAUGGAGUUUUAUAGGCUUUGUUACAAAGAGUUGGAGUACUUGAGUUGGGAUAUUUGGAGUGGUUGGAAGUGAACUCCUGUUUGCCUGACGGGUAAACGAAUGCGCUGCAAUUGGAUAGGAAUCCCUAAAGAGAGAAAAAAACAAAACAAAACAAUUGCUCAUCUCCUAGUCAGCUGAGAUCUUUGCAUGUUUCAAAAAUGGAAGCCAUUUUUCAGAAACUGCAUCCUUUUCCUUGUUAGUUUUUUUCUUUUACAAUUUAAUUUGUUCCCCCGCCAUAAGAAUUUCUCUCUCUCUUUCUCUCCCUCCCCCUCCCCCCAAAUGUCCUGUGUGGAGAAUGCAAUGUUGGUGUCGGCUUUUUUUCCUUUUAACACUGUCUCCCCUCCUCAUACUAAAGUACGGUAUGAAGACCUCAUUUAACCCUUGCAGUUCAUCUCAUUUCAAAUGUGUAUGGAAGAAGCACUUCAUUGCAAGCAGUACAGUAAAACAGAACAAAACACACACACACAAAAAGGUCUGCCUUAGGACUACUCCUGUCUCCAUGCUUUCUCAUCCAAGACUCCCUCAUCACACCACUGCACAUGCUGCGUCUUAAGACGGUGGGUGUUCCAUUUUUAUCCGCUACUGUUUUAUUUCAUGGAGUUCGUAUUCAACGCUGUGAACGCAAGGCUGUGAGAUGGAACCAGAAGGCUUGUUUGAACUUUUUGAAAACCUGGUGUGGGAUUGGAUUGGUGGUGCCGAGGCAUGUGAGUCAUGGUAUGUGCGAGAAAAAGGAGGAGGCGCAUGCAGAGAGAGACCUGGUGGUGCAUUAUGGGAAUUUUUUUAGAGAGAGAAAUUUUUUUUUCUUCUUGGCGUGAUGUCCCUCGAUCCUGUGGCUUUGGUGAGAGAGUGUGCGGAGAGCAAUGGGAGCGGACGUACGAGUGUUUGGUGUUUUUUUUUUCUUGCAUUCAAAGGACAUCCCGAUCUGGAAGAACUUAAGUGGGGGGACUUUUUAACCUAGUUAACCAAUUAGUUGAAUGUGUUAAGUGAAAUGAAUAUCUGUAUCUUUUUUUUUUUCCUCCUUUAUGUCAACUCUGCUGUGAAUGCUGUAUGGCGUGUGUUCUUUUCUGUUUAAUGAUCCUGUAAGUGUGGUAACGUGAACUGACGGUGGGGCCUUGGAGGGGAACCGCCAGCUCGUGGUGCGCUUUGCAGGCAGCCUUUGCAGCAAAGCUCGCUUCCCGAGUUCGGGGGUUCCCCCGGGUGGAAGUUUCUCUGUCUGUAAGAUAUCCAUAUGAAUGCUGUUUGCUGCAGUUCUGUGUUUGGAUGCCUUUUAUAAGAUUUGUCAAUGUAGGAAAUUCUUAAAUAAAACUGAUUUAAGUAA